AUGACAUCUUGGCCUCCGCUCUUGGGUCCUGCUGAUCUAUACCAGCCAAUGGAAGAUGCUGUGGUACCGCUUUUCUUUAAUUCUUACCUCUAUCUUCCGAAAGAUCCUCAUAUCUGGAAUGGACUCAUGGCGAUCCUGCCUGUGGCUUUCUCGGACGCAAAACCGCAAUCUCAUCUCUAUGUUAGCACGUUGGCAGUUGCUUUCUUCUCCGUUGCAGCCUGGACCGGCCAGGGGUCCUUGCUUCGAUUAUCAGAGCAGUAUUUCACUCAAGCAUUGCCGAAGAUCCGAGAGUCUUUGCAAGAUGAGAAUAGUGAUCUGGAUUCCAUUUUACUUUCUAUUCUUCUACUCUCGACGUAUGAGGAGUUUGUUGCCAUGAAAGACUGGGAGAAUCCCGUGAAGGCUCACCUCCGAGGAGCUGUUGCCCUCAUCAACAACCGAAAAUCAAAACGAUUACAAACAGCGACAUCAAGGACAAUUGAUAACGCAGUGCAAGCUCAAAUUAUCAAAACUAGUCGAGGCUUGACUAGUCCCACAGUACCAACCCCAAAAGUCUGGCCAUUAUUCCAGCCAGCACCUUCUUCAGGUCCUCGGCCACUCCUAGCCUCAGCGGCAUCAGAAAUCGUCAACCUUCGCCUUUCAUGGGAGGGAAUAAUUGACAAACCACCGAAAAGAGCAACAGUCACAUCUCUAUUAACCAAAGCGAUCGAAAUCGACACGAAUCUCGCAGCGUGGGCUCACCUAGUCCCACCACACUGGACACCAGUCGCAGCAAGCAUAAUCCCCCAAUCCGUCCACAACGCUGGGAUCUACAAAAACCGGGUCGACUGCUACACGGAUAUAUGGAUUGCUUCAACCUGGAACACAUACCGCGACUGCCGCAUUUUAGUCCAGAGCAUCAUCCUCAGCUGUCUCCGCAUGACACCAUCUCAAGAUCUACAAGGCCUGAAAACAAUGAUGGCUAUUUCUACUGCGCACCGCCUCGCGGAUGAGAUCUGUACAAGUGUACCGUUCUUCCUUGGAAGUCAAGUUGAAUCUGUCCGCAUGAAAACGGGUCUUGUUGAGUAUCCGUUCGCGGAGACGAGGCCGGUUUCUCAGACGCAUAGGCAGGUUGCUCCGCUUAUGGGUGCUUGGUUUGUUUUGCCUUGUUUGAGGAAUCUCCAGGCUGGCGGUUUGGGGUUGCCUUCUGAACAGAUUGAUUGGUUGAAUGGGCAGAUUGAUCGGGUGAGGGUUAUUUACUUUCAGAAAUGA